CGGUGGUUGAGGGGCCGGGCUGGACCGCUGACUGCUGCGGGGGUAGCUGCUGGGGUGGCGGCGGCGGCCUGGCCGGGAGCGGGAGCGAGGGACCAUGGGGGCCACUCGGGAUCCAGAGCAGCCGCGGGGUCCCAGUGCAGCCGAGCGGGGCGGUCCCGAGCCUGGGGACGAGGGCUCGGCGGGGCAGCUGGUGGUCACGAACCCCUGGAACAUCAUGAUCAAACAUCGGCAGGUGCAGCGCAGGGGCCGCCGCUCCCAGAUGACUACGAGCUUCACCGACCCUGCCAUCUCUAUGGACCUGCUUCGAGCUGUCCUACAACCUAGCAUCAAUGAGGAGAUUCAGACAGUCUUCAACAAGUACAUGAAGUUCUUUCAGAAAGCAGCAUUUAAUGUCAGAGACAAUGUCGGGGAAGAUGUUGAUGCAGAGCAGUUGAUCCAGGAAGCCUGCCGAAGUUGUCUGGAACAGGCUAAGCUGCUGUUUUCGGAUGGAGAGAAAGUGAUACCCAGACUGACUCAUGAACUUCCUGGGAUGAAGCGUGGCCGGCAAACAGAUGAAGAAUGUGCCCAUCGAGGAAGCCCUAUCCCAAAAAAGAGGAAGGGACGGCCACCAGGACACAUCCUUUCAAAUGACAGAUCAACCUCAGGCAUGGUGUGGAAACCAAAAUCCUGUGAACCAAUUCGGAGGGAGGGUCCUAAGUGGGAUCCAGCCCGGCUGAAUGAAUCCACUACCUUUGUGCUGGGCUCUAGGGCCAACAAGGCCCUUGGCAUGGGAGGCACCAGAGGAAGGAUCUAUAUCAAACACCCACACCUCUUUAAGUAUGCAGCUGACCCCCAGGACAAGCACUGGCUAGCAGAACAGCACCACAUGAGGGCCACCGGUGGCAAAAUGGCCUAUCUCCUCAUUGAAGAAGACAUUCGAGACCUAGCUGCCAGUGAUGACUACAGGGGCUGCCUGGAUCUGAAGAUGGAGGAGCUAAAGCCCUUUGUCCCUCCUUCCUGGAUGGCAGAGAAGAUGAGGAAAUACAUGGAAACACUCAGGACUGAGAAUGAACAGCGUCCUAGUGAAGUGCCUCCUGAGACAUGAUGUCUAGCUCCUUGGUUGCCCCUGGAAUCCUUCGUCAGGUGUCCCUCAAACAGGACUUAAGGCCAGGUGCCCCCUCCUCUGGCUGUGGGGAAGCUACACUGCUGCUCCUUAGCCU